GAUUCAGAAUCAUACCCCUGCCUGACAAUAUUUCUCUUCACUGUACUUGUUAUUCUGUGUUUGUAGAUACUCAUGAUGAGGCAGCGAGGAGCCUGGAACGAUAUAUCAAUCAAAAUUGUGACACCACCGACAUCCAGUCUGAGGGGGAGAGCCACCAUGGCCUAAAAAGAAAAAGAAGACAAACCAGCAACCCAACAAGCCAGUCAGGACAGCCAACCAUCACCUCCAAAAAUGUAUUAUAGCCUCCAACGCCCCAAUUUCCCUAAGUCAACUAUCCCAGCAUCGUUCCCAGGAGAUGAAUUGGCCUACCCUCCACUCGGUCCAAUUCCUCAAUUCCAGAGGCCAUCUCCUGAAGAUUCUCCAGGCACUGCCAGAAUGGCAUUAAAAGAUGUGGCUAUGCAGAAACUGCUUACUGCGGUGACGGAGUUGUCCAAGGAGGUGAAGGACCUGCGGGAGGAAUUCAGGCAAUACGUCCACUCCUGCAAGUGUGGACAGACUGACUCGGUGGGUCUGGCCUCCUUGGAGCCCUUGGAGCUGCCCCUCCACACCAUGGAGGCCCUGGACCGUGCAGAGGAGACACUGCAAAAUGGACCAAACCGCCAAAAUAUGACUGCCCGUCUCGCCAUUAUCGGAGGGACUACCCUAGAGGUGAGGGUCCGCCGGAUGAUGGCCAAUUUGUUGACCAACGAACUGGCUUCAGGACUGAACUGGUCCGGAAAAAAGCAGGGCAAGGAGCAGGCCAAACAGAAGCGGCCCUUUAAAGACUUGGCACUCUGCCGAUCUAUGUUUGAUGCUAUUACACAGCAGCUCGGGACAGCCGCCGUCACCCAAUACACUUUUGCCCAGGCUGUUCAAAAGUGGCUGCGCUAUGCGCCAGACCGGGCAGGAGGGAGUGGAAGACGUGACGUCAUGUAAUCCUGUAAUAAAAUGUUGUUGUUUUUACCUUAAACAGUGUGGUGUGGUCCGUGUUUUAGGCUAGGCUAUAGGCAUACAAGCUUUCAAAUUUUCCAUAACUUUUUAACAUCCUGGCUGUCGAUAAAGCAGGAUAUUCAUUAUAGGCUAUUUAAUUUAGGGCAUUACAUUUUCGUAUGCCUAGCAAUCAUAAUAAUAACGAUUGAAAUUCCAUUGAUAUUACGUUGAUCCUUAGUUCAGUUGAAAUCUCAACAUUGUUUCAAUAUUCCUGAUAAUUGAAAUACCAUUGAAAUUCCAUUGAUAUUACGUUGAUCCUUAGUUCAGUUGAAAUUUCAACAUUGUUUCAAUAUUCCUGAUAAUUGAAAUACCAUUGAAAUUCCGUUGAUCUAUGGAUAGGAUUUCAACGUUGUUUCAAUAUUAAAAAAUGGUGCAAAAUGAUGUAGAAUCAACAUCAGAGUUCGGAUGUUGAUUCAAUGAUUUAAUGUUGACAACGGAAUGUUGAUUUAACAUAGUUUCAAUGAUUGUUUGCUAUCUGGGCAGGCUCUUCGUAGACGGGCUCUGGUUGUGUCAAGGGAACCGAGGGCGACGCUCACUUCUGGGUUGGCCAACACAUGUCAUCCCUCCACCACUCUAUACUGUAAAAACACAUGUUCAAGUUGAAUGAUAAUGCAUGAAUUUAUUCUUUAUUCUGCCAUAGUAACACGGUAAAUAAAUGGCAAAAAAUGGGCUGAGAACGAAUUCGUAUUUACGAUAUGUUCAAUAAAACGUAAUCACGGAAAAAAUACGUUUUUUAGACAAACGUAAUUGAGAAUGCCGAAUAGUUCUCUGGGAACGUAAUUUUGAUGAGAAAGGGUUGCUCUGUCUGUCUUGGUCUCUAUAGCAAUGACCUCAGCUACCCAGCACUGAUCAAAAAAACGAUUGUUUCUCUCAAUCAAAGCACAAAACAGGACAACUGAUGGCCAUAAUCUUAACCCACACAUGUUGUGUAAUUAACAAGGACACGUUGGUGUAGUUGUGUUGAGGAAUGUCACAGAUUUCACUGUAAAAUCGUUAAUGUGCAGCCAUCGGGUCUUCCGUUAGCCAAUGGGAUGAAUGAAUGCUCAUAGCUUCAUACAUUGCCGUGGAGGGAUUACAUUGCAAUGAGUGGAAAACCCCCUGCGUCGAAAAAAGAAGCACAUGCUCCUGCGUUAGCCAAUGGGAUGAAUGCUCAUAGCUUCAUAUAUUGCCGUGGAGGGAUUAAAUUGUAAUGAGUGGAAAACCCCCUGCGUCGAAAAAAGAAGCGCAAGGUCCUCCGUUAGCCAAUGGGAUGAAUGCUCAUAGCGUCUCUAUGUGCAGCCAUCGGGUCCCCCGUGAAGGGGUUACAUUGUAACGAGUUGAAAACCCCAUGCGUCGAAAAAAGAAGCGCAAGGGUACCCUUUUGCGUCAGAAACUGAAGCCAAAGUCACUGACCGUUCGUCAAAAAUCGACGCGUUCGGAGUGAGAAUGUGUUGAUUAAACUUGUUGUGGAGUUAGUGCGUAAUGCAAUAACAUCCCGACUAACAGGAAUAAUCAGAUUAGUCCCGAAAUAAAAUGUUUGGCAACAUUACGUUAUUUAGCAACAGGGAAAAUGCAACUUUGCAAUGCCGACGAUUUAGGAAUAUCGCAACUAUCAGUCAGCCGUGCCAUAAACCAAACUAUCAAUGCGCUCUCUAGACCACAUAUCAUCCAACAGUUUAUCCGGUUUCCUUAGGACAUUGAACAAUUACACAGGAUCAAAGCCAACUUCAUGGCAAUUGCAGGUAACCCCGGUGUGGUCGGUGCUAUUGACGGGACGCACAUAAAAAUAAUUGCGCCAUCAAAAGAUGAGGACAUGUUCGUCAAUAGGAAGAAAGUGCAUUCCAUCAACACGCAGGUUGUUUUUGAUGCAAAUUUUAACAUAGACUACUGGAUGUUGUUGCAAAGUGGCCUGGAGCUACCAAUGAUUUGUGCAUUUGAAUGGAGAGCGGUCUGAGGCAGCUUUUUGAGAGGCACCAUGUACCUGUUGGGUGUCACUUGCUGGGUAACAGUGGCUAUCCCUGCAAGAUGUGGCUCUUGACACCCUACCUCAAUCCACAACCGGGAGAAGCGUUAAAGUAUAACAUGUAAGUGAUUACGCAGAUUACGCUUAGUCCUAUGCGUAAAACACAUCGUAUUGGCUCUUUGUAGCCUUUUAUUUGUUGAAUCCACAUUUAAUAUUGUUUACCUCCAUAUAUGUUAGAGCACACAAACAUACACAAAAUGUUGUGGAGAGAGGAAUUGGGCAGAUGAAACGUCGGUUUCAUGUCCUCCACGGCGAAAUAUGCCUCACCCCAGAGAGGGCAGGCAUAGUCAUCACUGUAUGUGCCAUUCUACACAACCUCUGCAAGGAACAUUGCACAGCCAUGAUGAUGAUGACGAUGAAGAGGACGAUGACCACGAUGAUGAUGAUGAUGAUGAUGAUGGCGAUCAACAUGACAAUGAAUUUGGCUGUGUGGAACCGAGUGGACUGGCAUUUAGGGAUCACUUUGUGAAUACACAUUUUAGGUAAACACCUUGGCACAAAUCAGCAACACUUGUGUAGUUCAUUUAAUGGCAUCUCUACGGCGGUGAUGGCCGACCUGUCUUCACGGCGUGCGGCUGCUUCAGCGUCUUCUCGACUUAAACCGAUCAUUUACAGAACUGUUGACGGAAAAGUGAUUGUGGAAGAUGAACUACUGAACUUUCUUGUGGUUAAAAUGAGAACCUUAAGCCACGAUGAGAUUGUUUUGCUGGUGACUAGUACUUUUACUUCCGAACGGAUUGACGCCGCCAAGAAGGCUUUGUUUGAGGUGUGCCCUGACACUUCUCAGCGCUGUACUGCCCAAAGGCCAACAGAAAGAUACUAAUAAUGUUAAACUGUGCAUGAAAGUGCUCAACGAGUGUGGGGAGGAUAUCCCGAGAUUUGUGUCCUACAUUUUGGACGAUCUGCCACCCGUCUCGUUCAAUCAUAUAGAUGUUUCAACACUGCUCGGCAGAAUGCAACAAAUAAACAAAGAGAUGUGCUGCAUGAAAAGUACCCUGGAAGCUCAGACAAAUGUUUGUCAAAGUUUGCAAGAGGUGACAGCUGCCAUAGAUGAUCGUUUGACUGCCGUGGAGCAGCCGCUCCCCUCAACGUUGGGCCCCGUGGCUGCUGAACGGUUAGAUGUGACAGUCCAGGAGACCACAGCCCCAACAUCACCUGUGGCGUCUCGGUCACCGUGUCAAGCGCAUUCCCCUGCAUGGACCACGGUAGUAAAGAAAGCGGGUCGUAGUAAGCCGGCGCCGGGUAACUCUGCUGUUCAGCACAGACCUCGCCUCGGAAAAACGUCAGCGAGAUUGGAGCGAAAUAAGACUGGAAUAAUUGGUACGGGCACGACGGGCAACAUAAAAACUAUCACAACAAAGAUGUCUUCGUCUCAAAGUUUGACCCUAAUCUAGAUGCCAUCACUCUCUCUGACUAUUUGAAAGAUAAACUGGAUCGGGAAGUGAAAUGUCGCAAAAUCGAAACAACUUUAAGUAGAUUCAGCUCUUUUUGUGUCACUGCUGAAUGUGACAAUGUAGCAGAGAUGUAUGAUCCUCAUCUGUGGCCGGCUGGUGCUUU